UUCAACUUAACAUAUACAAUUAAUCGAACGAUGGUAAAAUGAAGACGAUUAUAAAAUGAAUACGUAUUAAGGUUUGCUGAUGUUAUGCAGAAGGUAAUAUAACCUAUACAGGUUUCAUAUCGAGUCAAUUAAACAGUUUUCCGAUGAAAUUUAUGAUAUGCUCUUGAAAAGCAUAUACAGCAGCGUGAUAGAAAACGUGACGAGAAAGAUUGAAUGUACUAAGUAAAAUAAAAAGAAUAUAAAUAGUAUAGUUUGGAGUGUCACCAUGACACGUAAAUGUGUAAUGUGUAAAGAGACCAACUACAGAAACAGUUACAGCUUCUUCUCAGCACCCAAAGAUCCAGAAAUGCGACAAAAGUGGCAGAAUGCAAUUGGAAUUGAUAAUUAUGCUGUUACAGAUGAUACAUAUGUUUGCAGUAAACAUUUUCACAAAGAUGAUAUCAUAACACAUUGGGCCAGUGGAGUACCACCGUAUGUUAUAACAAUCAAAUAUAAGAAAUGUAGAUUACGUCCAGGUGCUGUGCCUGGUAAAAAUUAUCCUGAAGAAAAUGUAGAGCUAAAGCAAGAACAUUCCGACGACUUUGAUGAAAAUUUCUCACCUUUCAAAUUAAAACGAGAAGAUAUUCCGAAAGGAAAACGAAAGAACUUUCUGGUGUCUAAAGCUGAAGAAAAGUUAGAAAUAAACUGCUAUGAAAAGCAUAGAAUACCUUUAUAUUAUAAAUACACUCGAGAAAUCGAUGAUCAUAAUUAUAUGCCAAAUGCUAAAUUAUUGGCUAAAACAAAACCGUUAAACAAUGAGACGAAUAUGAAUGAUGAGUCAUAUGAUGAACCUGUAGAGAAAAAGUUUAAACAAAUAAAAAGGAGUAAAACGACACACCUUAAUGAAGAUGCUGUUGCUAUUAAAAUGGAUUUGACGAAAGAUUCGAAUUCCGACGAUAAGGGAGACGAUCAAGAUCUAUUGUCAUCGGAGUCGUCUCUUUUGAAUGCAUCUAUGAGAGUAUCAGAGCCUUCUUCUAAAGAUUGCCAUGCUUCCAACAAAGGCGAUAUGCUGGUACAGGUGUGGGAACACAAAGCAGCAAUAAAAGACGAGCCAACAGAUAAUAAAGUUAAACAAAAAGAAAAUUCGCCUAUAGAAAACCAAAUAGUCAGUAAUUACAAUGAGUUAGAUACACGUUGUACUAAAUGUAGUGAUAGCGAGGAAAAUGAAAUGUUAUUUGAAGAUUUACUUGAAGUAUACACGGAGGUACUGUUGCCGCGUGGCUGGUCCUGUUUGGUAACAUCAACGGGACUUGCUAUGACAGUAGUGUAUAUGUACAUGGGAAUGACGAAAAGCGGUAUGCCUUAUACGGAGAAACAAGUGUUUAUAAAAAGUGAUAUGACGAUGCGUUGUGUCGCUGUAAGUAGAGAAAUUAAUCCCCUCACUCAUAAUCUCAUAAGGGAGGGGAAACAUCUAAGAAUACAAAAUUUAUUAGAUAUAGAAGAACUUAUUGAUGAAUUUGAUCAAAGAACGAUUUGUCAAGGUAUGUACAAUCCUGAUGAUUGUCAAGAAGUUAUCGACCUCAAAGUAGUUUACAAAGAUGGUGUAAAAUGGAGACACAUUUUAUGUCCAUUACUAAUGAAUAAUGGGUCAAUAAGGUGUACGAGAUGCAUUACUCUAUCUCAUAAAAUACAACGUAGACCAAGAAUUCGCCAUCCUCUUGCUUACAAUCUUUCUGUGCUUAGAAAAAACGAACAAAGGAUUCAUGCACUCCGACAAAUGUGGAAACGACUAAAGAAACGAAAUCGCAAACGUGAAUUUAUAAACGUAUCUGAAAAAUAA